UCACAGUCUCUCAUCUGAAGCACCACCAAACACUAAAAGCUGAUCCAAACUGCACUUUAUAGUCACCUGGUUCUUUCCGCACACUUCCAACUUCCAACAACAACAACGCUUCCUUCGAUUCGAUUCAAUUCAAUUCAAUGGCGGUAACUUCAACAUCACUCGCUUCUCAACUCUCCAUCGGUCUCCGCCGCUCCUCUCCUAAGUUCGAUUCUUUCACUUCUCAAUCUCUCCCUCUUACCAACAACACUUUCUUCGAUCCAAAUCUUCGCUUAUCUCUCUCUUCCACCAAACCCUCCCGUACCGUUAUCGCCAUGGCUGGCUCUGGCAAGUUCUUUGUUGGUGGCAAUUGGAAGUGUAAUGGAACAAAAGACUCCAUCAGUAAGCUUCUCUCUGACUUGAACAGUGCAAAAUUGGAGCCUGAUGUUGAUGUUGUUGUUGCACCUCCCUUUGUGUACAUCGAUCAGGUGAAAAGCUCAAUUACAGAUAGGAUUGAAAUAUCUGCCCAGAAUUCUUGGGUGGGAAAAGGUGGUGCUUUCACCGGAGAAAUCAGUGUGGAACAACUGAAAGACCUUGGAUGCAAGUGGGUUAUUCUUGGACAUUCUGAGCGAAGGCAUGUUAUUGGAGAAAAAGAUGAGUUUAUAGGAAAGAAAGCGGCUUAUGCUUUGAGCGAGGGUCUUGGAGUGAUUGCAUGCAUUGGGGAAUUGUUAGAAGAGAGGGAAGCUGGGAAAACUUUUGAUGUCUGUUUCCAGCAAUUGAAGGCUUAUGCAGAUGCGGUGCCUAGUUGGGAUAAUAUUGUUAUUGCAUAUGAACCUGUAUGGGCCAUUGGAACUGGCAAAGUAGCCUCUCCCGAGCAAGCUCAGGAAGUACAUGUGGCUCUCCGUGAUUGGCUUAAGAAUAAUGUCUCAGCUGAAGUCGCAUCUAAAACACGAAUAAUUUAUGGAGGAUCUGUAAAUGGGGGCAACAGUGCUGAGCUUGCAAAGAAAGAAGACAUUGAUGGAUUUCUUGUUGGAGGUGCUUCAUUAAAGGGUCCUGAGUUUGCCACCAUUGUCAAUUCAGUCACAUCCAAGAAAGUUGCGGCUUGAUUACUUAUUGUGGUUUUUGCAAUAUGAGAGCAUUAACUAAUGUGACAGUAAUGACAUUAUGUGAUACAUUUUCUUUGCAUUCAAUAGGAGAAGCAUUCUCAGUUUUCUAAAGUACCUGUGUUUUAUGGUAGCAAUUAGUGAUACAAAAAGUGUUAAAGGUAAUAAAUGUUUCUGAAUUAUUGUCGUUUUUCAUAAUUCCCGUCAAUAUUAAGAAAUAUUGGUUUUAUGUUUGC